AUGCAGCUGAAAAUUUCUCGCGCCAUUGGUAUGAGAAGGACAAAAUUGGUGCUGGUUGACCUUAGGCACGUUCCAACAAUCGAUGACGGGAGGUUUGCUGCAUAUCCGAGAAGCUAUAUAGAUGGCAUGGGAUAUGCCUCGUCAUCGGCGUGCAGGAUGGAGACAAAUGUCAAUGGUCCAAAGCAUGACAAGCUGUAUUGGCAGUGUAAGGGGAGGAUGGAAGGAAAGGAUAUGUCGUCUAUACAAAGGUCUAAGGUUGGAAAAACUCCAGCGUCUUUGGAUUUAAGGUGCACGGUCCAAGAGCAAGGUGUUGGCAACUACGCAGAUACGCACAUAACAUAUGCAUAG